AAUUGCCUUCGCUUUAUUUGUAUUUCUGCAAGAGUAUUAAGUGUUCGCCAUGCAGCAGAGACAUUUUUUGUUUUGUUCUUCUUAGUCAAAAGCUUUCAAAAAAUAAUCAACGAGGUAAUAGGUGAAAAGAUACAAAAGCAUUUACCCAUAUAAGAUAUAUUUCCAACAAAUCAUAACAAAGCAAUUACAUCCAGAACAAUCGUAAUUAAAAAAUGAUGCUGGUUGUCAUCUUUGUUUGAAACCGUAUAAAAGUCUUCGGAUUUUGGCCCACAAAGGCAGUCGAAAUUAUUUGUGGACAGAGACGAAAUGAAAGCGUUUACACUGGCACUUGUGGGUUUGUUGGUCGUUUUGGGAGCCAGAGCCCAGAGUCUGAAAGAGCAAUGCAAGGGCAUUCAAUAUGAUUUGUUGCCUUAUCCAGACAAGAAUGACCAGUUCAUUGUGUGCGCCUAUGAAGUGCCAGAGGUGCGUAGCUGCAUGCAGGGUACUUGUUUUGAUCCCAUCUUGAAGGGCUGCAGCGAUUCUGCCUGCACUCCAACUACUCCCAGUGACAAGGACAUUGCAACUACGUUCUGCACAGAAUUAAGAGGAGGAGAAAAAAUACCAUCAGUGGAUUGUUCACACUUCUGGAUCUGUUUGACCGAAAUGGAGCCCGUCUAUGUGGCCUGUCCACAGGGCAAACACUAUUCACGCUCCGAACACGAAUGCGUAUCGCCGGCACUGGCCAAAUGCGCCACCCCAGAGAAACUGUGCGAAUCCAACUAUAACACAUAUGCGGCCGAGACCUGCAAUGAAUACUAUGGAUGCACUAACAAAAAGCUGAUAAAGCGCAGCUGCCCCUAUGGUGAGGCGUACAGCGCAGAGAGUGCAGCGUGUAUUAAGGAUUUGAGCCAUAGCUGUGUCACAGACUCCAAGCCGGACUGCCAAAAUCCCGCCAAUGCCAAUGCCUACUUCAGUCACAGCGACUGUACCAAGUUUUAUGUUUGCAUACAGGCCCAAGUCUUCGAGGGCAAAUGCGCCGAUGGUUAUGGAUUUGACAGACAGAGCUCCAAUUGCAGGCUCGGCAUCUGCAAGAGUAACUAAGUCUUUAGAUCAGCAAUAAACUUAAUAAAAUCAAAAACACACAGGCUUUAGCAAUGAACAGAU